CCAUUCUUACGUGAGCGCUUCGAAAGGUGCUGCUGCUGGCUGCUACUACGCUACUUAUUUAGUCUGCCAGUCAGUCGUUAGUCGAAUUUCAUAGCAAUCAGAAGCAAAAUUUUCGCCGAUCCGCCGAUUUUGUUUGGUGCGAACAGUUGCUUUCCCGUAGUGUGGGAAAAUUGGGGAAAAUAGAACUAUUAAAUACGGUUGAAAGUGUACAGUUCGAGUGCAUCGAGAAGCGUUUUGGUGCAUUGUGCAGUUUUCAGUGCGGGGGAACUGAUUUAAAGACUUUGAAAGCAGAAGGUGAAUCAGUAUUGAUUGCGGCCUGCAUUUUUUGGGGCUUUGUGAGACUUUCGAGUACAGAGAAAACCUGUUACGAUUUAAACAAAGAAAAGUGAUUUUGACAUAGGAGCGGAAAAAUAUACAAAGAAAAAAAUGAAAGUAGUAAACAUAAACAGAGUGAAUCACCAGCAGAUGGAUGGACUGCAAAUGGCGCUUGCGGAGGAUCCAUUGACACCGAAGGCGUCGACAGAUGUGAUGGAAGGAGGGGCCAGUGGGGAGGUCACUGCAUGCCGUGAUACUGGAGGUGGUGGAGGCGGAUACUGUUCGGGCAUUGUACUUCCUUCCAGUUCGUUCGCUUCCGUUUCACUUCCGCUUCACUCCCAGACGACGAACGCCUCUCCUUUGCCAGCGACGUCCAGCGCUUGUUCAGUGCCGUCAUCAUCGUCAUCAUUGCCAUCAGUUUCAUCAAUGCCGUCGUCAUCGUUGGAGGAAAAAUCCAAUCAAAUCCAGACUUUAUUGGAGCGUCAUGAAAAUCCACGAACGGCCAUUGCACAAGUCACAAGCAGCACCAGUAUUUCCACAUCGUUCAUCACAAGUGUUUCGAAACUGCUGAAGAAUCUUCAUCUGUGCGGCGGAAGUGCUGCUACAGUGCCGAUGAUGCAGCAGCUCGGAGUAACCCUAGUGAUUAACGCCACGACUGAAACGGAACUUCCCAACACUCCAUUGCCCUGUGAUGAUACCAGCUACCUUAGGAUACCGGUCAAAGACAAUCGGGAAGCCGAUCUGAACCAAUACUUCCACCAGGUUGCUGAUCGGAUUGAACAGGAAUCCCAAAACAACGGAAUCAUAUUGGUUCAUUGCGUUGCUGGCGUAAGUCGAUCGGCUUCCCUCUGCUUGGCUUACUUAAUGAAGUACCACCGGAUGAGUCUGAAAGAUGCCUACAACCAUGUCAAAGCACGGAGACCUCAGAUCAGGCCCAACGUUGGUUUCGUCAAACAGUUGAUGGAGUUUGAACAUGAACUGACUGGAUCGCGAUCGGUAUCGAUGGUCUACUGCCAUGCCCUGGAUCAAGAGCUCCCAGACAUUUACGAACCGGAGUAUCGUUCAAUGGAGCUGCUCUAUCAGAAGUUUCGAAGAAAUAUUGCUAAACGUUAAGCUAUUUCUAUGUCCUGUCUCCAAAGAGUACUGUCGACUGUAGAUGUUUAAGGCAUAUGAUAUCUGUAACGUUCAAAUACUUUAAUUUUAAAACACAACCAUAUUGAACUUCAAUGACAAGAUGCGCAUGUUCAGAAACAAACAUAAGUAUUGAUUUCAUGUAUACUGAGUCCGAUAGCGAAGUAUCGGACUAGCUCGUAGAAGACAAGCGUAGUUCUAAGUUAUCCACCGUUCCUAUCCUUAUCUUUAACGUUUCGAUUAACUGAUUUUUUCGAAGUAUUGACAAAGUGGUUAAAUAAACUUAAAGCUUAGUUCUUUUAGAAAUGGGACACUUUCUUUUGCUAAUAGCUCGUUUACUAGUAAUCGGACAUUCAAAAUUUUGACAGCAUUUUGUUGCCUGUAAAAAGUCCUAUCCGACCUAUUUUUUUCAAAAUUUAAAAUUCACGCGUUUUUGAGAUAUUUACGAUGCAAGAGAAAAAGGAAAAAAUAAUUUUGCACACUUUCAUUCAAAAUCCAUCAUUAUCAAAUUGAUAGCCGACAAAACCGUUGAUUAUUCAAAGAACUACUGUGUGUGAGUAGUGGAAAAGUAUGGAAACACUGUCAAAAAUGUCCACAAAGUUCAAAUCAACCAUUAGAAAGAAGCAUAUGAUCGGCAACUUCGGCUAAGGGUCAUCAGGGAAGUCAAGUCUCAUACCAGCAUUUUUAAUUUUCAAUAAGCGAAAAACUAAGGGUAGAUCGAUGAAAUUUCCAAAAAAAAAAUUUCUCCGAUAAGCUGAAAGUGUUGCCUCUUAAUGAGUUAUUCAAACCUAACCUCAAUCAAAAAAAAUUAGCUAGAUCCACAGCUCGUAAGCUAUAUAUCUGGUUCCGAGGCUAUGGGACAGAUGAUUUCUGAUGAACGACAAAACUUAUGAAAUACCCUAUUUUAAACAAACUCCAGCGUUUGAAUCCUUUACCACGUCUGCUCGUGGCAAGGUCCCAAUUAUAUUAAAGUAUGUAUUUUCUGGAUAUUUUGUAUAAAAUAUAACGAUUUGCCAAAAUUCUGCUUCUGUGGAAAAAAACAGCAAUUUUCAAAACGAAAACUAUGAUUUUCACUCUUUUCAAAGGCCUAAAAAGAGUAAUCUUUUAUGUACCCUUCGCAACCUACGAUCUAUUCUAACCGAUUAUACUUUAAGUUCAAUCUCCUCAUGGUUUUACUUCGUUAUUGCCAGAUUUUGCCAGCAGAAAUUCCAUUAAAAUCGCUCAAAAAGUGGCUCAAAAAUAAUCAAAUUUGUUAAUUUCGAAACAGCUGUAUCCACUUAAAUGGCCUCAGUUUCUUUUAAAAGAGAAGUAUUGGUCCGAAAAGUAUCAGAAAUUGAAGGAGGGGGAUGUAGUCACCUAAAAUACAGAUUAAACGAAGUAUUAGUUUGAAAAAAAUGAUCAUUAUCGUGACUGAAAAAUGUGUGCGCUGGCCGAAGGGAGGUUCCAAGAAUAAUGUAGAAUUUAUUCUUACAAAAAAACGAUAAAUAAUUUUUUUCAAAUUUUUUCAUGAAUUAUCAUAAGAUUACCUUCAUUUCCUUCAUAGAAAGUAUUUAGAUCAAACGAAAGGUUUUUGAGAUACACGCAUUCGUAACUGUCCCAUUUCUAAAAGAACUAAGCUUUAAACUACGGAUAAUACACCCAAUGUUAGUGUCUUAGAACUUCACUGUUUAGAAUCCAUCUUAUUUUUUUCAGUUCGACAAAUUCAUUUAUUUUAAUUUAUUAAUUUUCAUUCGACAAUAUAAAUGUUUCAGUUUAUUAUUAAUUCAUGAUCUUGUACGUGGACAGUUCACUCAAGAAGCCAGCACCUCUUUACAUUAUGUGUCCAGGAAAACCCCUCUCUAUUUAUAAAUUGAAAGUGAUCAAAUAAAUAACUUAAAUUCAUCAAAUGGAGUGUGGAAAAAAAUCUCUAGGUUAACUUCUAAAAAGUCAUACUCUUAUAAAAACCCAACUUAUCAUAUGAGAAAGGAAAGAAAUAUGAGUGUAUUAUUAUGGAUAAUAAACUUUCGUACGCUGGUUGAUGAAAAAUAAACAUAAAAGUAUAAUAAAUUCAUGUAUCAAAAA